AUACUCUACAAACAAUGGAGAACUGUCAUCUGAGAGUUCAGCAAUGUAAUGGGUUAACUUCCAUGAGGAACAGUGGAUGGGGAAGAAAUGUGGAUGGGGAGGAGCAUUGCACUGCCACUAAGCUGAAAUGAAACUGAAGUACACAGUGUAUUGUGUACAGUACCAAACUUUCUCCAGCUCUUCAGAUAUAUCUAUAUCUUUCUCACAGAAAGGACAGAGAUAUUAUCCAUAAACAAGCAGGUGAGUAGAGAGAUUAACAUGGACAGACAAAUUGAAAGAUAUGGUCACCUCCAGUAGUCUCCUGUAUGAAGAGCAAUUCCUGUGCUCUAUCUGUCUGGAUGUACUGUAGUCACCGAGGAAGGCUGAAGAACUCAUUAAAGAGCUGGAGCAGGAAACCACUGAGCUAAAGAUAAGAAGCACUGAGCUGGAGCAGCUCUCACACACUGAGGAUGAUCUAAACCUCCUCCAGAGCUUCCCAUCCCUGUGCAGCCCUCCACUCACCAAGGACAGUGAUCUGUAUGUGGGGAUUGUGAGCAGAGCCGUGUGUCAGCUAGAAGAGACAGUCAUGAGUGAGAUGAAGAGGUUGUUUGAUGAUGAGCUGAAGAGGAUUCAGCAGUAUGCAGUGGAUGUUAUUCUGGACCCUGAUACAGCAAGCCCCUGGCUCAUUCUGUCUAAGAAUGGGAAAGAAGUGAGAACUGGAGAAAAAAAACAGAAGCUCCCUGAUAACCCAAAGAGGUUUGAUUCUGCCGUUAAUGUCUUGGGAAAGAAAGGCUUCUCCUCAGGGAGAUUCUACUAUGAGGUAACUGUUACAGGGAAGACUGAGUGGAAUUUAGGAGUGGCCAGAGAGUCUAUCAACAGAAAGGGGACUGUCGCAUUAAGCCCUGAUAAUGGACGCUGGGCAGUGAUCCUGAGGGAUGGGAGUAAGUACAUAGCUUGUGCCCCGACCCGUGUCCACCUCUGCAUGAGAGAGAAGCCCCAGAAGGUGGGGGUGUUUGUGGAUUAUGAGGAGGGUCAGGUCUCAUUUUAUGAUGUGGAGGCCAGGUCUCAUAUCUACUCUUUCACUGGCUACACCUUCACUGAGAAACUAUAUCCAUACUUCAGCCCUUUGCUCAAUGAUGGUGGUAAAAACUCUACUCCUCUAAUCAUCUCUCCUGUCAAUCACACAGACUGAGUUUGAACCUGAAAUUGACCUGAAACUGACCUGUAAAAUUAGUACCUCAAUUAGAGUUCAGUCUUUCAUAAAACACAGGGAGAAUAUUUCACUGUAGUUUAUUAACUGACCUGUAAAAUUAGUACCUCAAUUAGAGUUCAGUCUUUCAUAAAACACCAGGGAGAAUAUUUCACUGUAGUUUAUUAACUGACCUGUAAAAUUAGUACCUCAAUUAGAGUUCAGUCUUUCAUAAAACACAGGGAGAAUAUUUCACUGUAGUUUAUUAACUGACCUGUAAAAUUAGUACCUCAAUUAGAGUUCAGUCUUUCAUAAAACACAGGGAGAAUAUUUCACUGUAGUUUAUUAACUGACCUGUAAAAUUAGUACCUCAAUUAGAGUUCAGUCUUUCAUAAAACACCAGGGAGAAUAUUUCACUGUAGUUUAUUAACUGACCUGUAAAAUUAGUACCUCAAUUAGAGUUCAGUCUUUCAUAAAACACCAGGGAGAAUAUUUCACUGUAGUUUAUUAACUGACCUGUAAAAUUAGUACCUCAAUUAGAGUUCAGUCUUUCAUAAAACACAGGGAGAAUAUUUCACUGUAGUUUAUUAACUGACCUGUAAAAGUAGUACCUCAAUUAGAGUUCAGUCUUUCAUAAAACACAUGGAGAAUAUUUCACUGUAGUUUAUUAACUGACCUGUAAAAUUAGUACCUCAAUUAGAGUUCAGUCUUUCAUAAAACACAGGGAGAAUAUUUCACUGUAGUUUAUUAACUGACCUGUAAAAUUAGUACCUCAAUUAGAGUUCAGUCUUUCAUAAAACACCAGGGAGAAUAUUUCACUGUAGUUUAUUAACUGACCUGUAAAAUUAGUACCUCAAUUAGAGUUCAGUCUUUCAUAAAACACAUGGAGAAUAUUUCACUGUAGUUUAUUAACUGAACUGUAAAAUUAGUACCUCAAUUAGAGUUCAGUCUUUCAUAAAACACAGGGAGAAUAUUUAAAUUGAAAAUGCACAUUUUGAAAGGUCACGCCCCUCACCCAGUUUGUCCAAUAGUCAUGAAAUUCAGGACAUCAGUCCUCCUCUUCAGAAGGAACAAAUUUUCAGCAGGGAUCCAUAAGGUCCACCACGAUGGAUAUUCCACCAUUUAGAAUUUGGUGAAAAACACUUCAAACGCUUCUCCUCUGGCACUGAAUGACCGAUCAGCAAGAAACUUGAUAUGCGGCAUGUAUGGACAAACGUCUCUCAACGCAAUAUAUUCCAGACUAGUACCUAAAACAACAUGGCCGUAAUGGCCAAUAAACUUUCAUGUGGUCCGAAACACAAAUCAGUCACAGAUAUUUCUAUUGUAACAAAUUUGGUACACAUGUUGAAAACACUGUCAACAAGACCCAACAUAUGCAAGAACAUUCAUAUCGACCACAAGGUGGCACUAUAACUGGCACAUGUUUUGAUAAUAUCAGCAUAGUCUCGUUUGAAUUUGCCGGGGGAAGGGGGGGGUAUCA